AUGCGUGCAGCCAGCUGGAGCAGCACCCUCUCCCCAAUCCGGCCACUUCAGAUGCUACUGUUCCCUGACUUAGGGAGGGAGGAUCCUGGGGACGCCCGGGCCGCCGUGGGCCCCUUCUCUCAGCACGGCCUGCGGUGGACAGACGCCUUCGUGGGCCUGAGCACCUGCGGGCGACACAUGUCUGUUCACCGGGUGUUGGGGGCCGUGGUGCGGACCCUGGAAGAUAAUCCCGCGGGCCAGCCCAUGACGGUGGAGCUGAUGACACACCCAGGUUACCCCAGUGUGCCCCCGGCCGGGGGCUGUGGCGAGGGUCCUGACGCUUUCUCCUGCUCUUGGGAGAGACUCCAUGAACUGCACGUUCUCACGGCACCCACGCUGCGGGCAAGGCUGGCCCAGGACGGGGUGCAACUCUGUGCCCUCGAGGACCUGGACCCCAAGAGGCCAGAAGAAGGAGUCUCUUGCCAGGCCUCUCUGGAACCUUUCCUGGACCCUUCCCUACCCUAAGCGCUAAGGCUCCUUAGUGUGGAGGAAAGGGACCAAGACUCAGCCAGGAACCAGGCCCUGGGGCGGGGUCUCUGACUUCCCAGUGCGACACACUGCCAGCUGCUCUGUGCCCAGGGUCUCCUGGGUCAGAGUGGCACCAGUGCCCGGCUGGGGGCACAGGGCCUGCAGUGUAGGUACCGAUCCACGUUGCAGUGUGAACACCUGAUUGUUCAGUGACAGUGGAUGGAUUGUUAUGUAAAUAAAAGGGUAUAUGUCUUUUAGACUUGGGUGGUUUAUGAACACUUCCUAGGAAACCUUCACAGAAACAGAAUUAGUGACAGCGGCUUCUUGGUGGCUCAGACCAUCAUCGGUACUCCAGAAAAGAUAUACAAAACAUUCUGAGUUGUGCUUUUGUUCAUGCUUAGAUUUUGUGGGGGGAGAGUUUAGACAGACUUGUUCUGUACUCCAGAGCAGCCUAGAAAACACUAUAUUGUAUAGCCCAGGCUGGCCUCGACUUUUCGCAGUCCUGCUGCCUCAGCUGCC